UAGCCCCAAGAAUAUGUCCAUUCAACACCCCGAAGCCUCUUCCGAAACCAACUCAACCACCAUAAUGGCCAUUAACACCACUUUUGAAGCCCCCACACAGCCCACCACACAGUCCAUCCAAACAACUGCCCAACCCACUUUUGCAUCCUGCUUGGAGCCUCCCAAGGCCUGCUCCGACUUGGCGAAUCAUUCAGCAGAAGCCUUGCUGGGAGACUCUUUGGUGGAUUUCUCUGUGAAGCUCUACCAUGCCGUCUCGGAGCUGAAGAAGCCUGAGACCAACAUAGCCUUUUCCCCGUUCAGUGUGGCCAGCCUCCUCACACACGUCCUGCUGGGGGCCGGGGACAAGACCAGGAGGAGCCUGGAGAGCCUCCUCUCCUACCCUGAGGGCUUCGCCUGCGUCCACGAGGCCCUGAAGGCCUUUAAGUCCAAAGGCUUCACCUCAGCCUCCCAGAUCUUCCACAGCCCAGACCUGGCACUAAAGAGCACCUUCCUGAAUGCCUCUCAGAGGCUGUACGCCAGCCACCCCCAGGUCCUCGGCAACAACAGCAGUGCCAGCGUGGAGCUCAUCAACAGCUGGGUGUCAAAGAAGACCCACGGCAGGAUCAGCCAUCUGCUGGACAGCCUGCCCUCCGACACCCGCCUGGUCCUCCUCAAUGCCAUCCACCUGAGCACCAAGUGGAAGACAGUAUUUAAUCAGAAAAACAAAACAAAAAAAACAAAACAAAACACGAUGGAGCCCUUUAACCUCAGGUCCUCUGUGAUAAAAGUGCCCAUGAUGAUGAGCAAGAAGUACCCUGUGGCGGGUUUCUCUGACCCGACUCUGAAGGCCAAUAUCAGGAUGCCGCAGCUUUCCCACAACCUGAGCUUGGUGAUCAUGGUGCAGCACUUGAAAUACCAUCUGGAAGACUUGGAACAGGCUCUCAGCCCCACUGUCUUCAAGGCCGUCAUGAAGAGGCUGGAGCUGUGCAAGUAUCAGCCCACCCUCCUGAUGAUGCGCAUCAAAGUGAUGAGCAACCAGGACAUGCUGCCCAUUCUGGAGAAACUAGAAUUCUUUGACUUUAGCUAUGAACUUGACCUGUGUGGGAUGACAGAGGACCCAGAUCUUCAGGUCUCAGCGAUGCAGCACCAGACCUUGCUGGAGCUGCUGGAGUCCGGAGUGGAGGCGGCUGCGGCCACCGCCGUCUCUGUGGCCUGAACUCUGCUGAUCUUCGGGGUCCAGCAACCCUUCCUCUUCGUGCUCUGGGACCAAGAGUCCAAGUUCCCUGUCUUCAUGGGGCAGGUGUAUGACCCCAGGGGCUGACGAGCCAGCAGGGCGCAUGGGGCCAGCCUGCACCCUUCACUCUUGGCUGUAGCCCACUGUCGCCUGCCUGGACGGGCCCCGAGCCAUCUGCUGCCCAGGUCUCCGGGGUCCUGUCAUCCGGGG